GCCGACCAAAACAAAAACAAAAAAUAAUAAUAAUUCGUUGCCUCAUGUUUUCUCGACCUUUGCCCCACUCCACUAGCCAUUCUCUAGUAAUUCAUUAACUUAGUCUAACCAAUUAAAGAGACGCUGGGGAGGAUUAGUCUUCCAGAUAGAGCAUUCAAUUGGCAAAGAAGAAAAAUAAGUUGAGUUAAAUCUAGAAGAUCAAGAACAAUAACUGUAAAAAUGCAAGUAUAAAUUGCAGUAUUGGCAUGCCAAACACCUACUGAUUCCAUUAAAUACACUGCACUAAACACCUACUUCAGUUCUGACUUUUUACACUAUAAAUUGCAGUAUUGGCAUGCCAUCAAGGGAGCAACAUUCUUCUUGUUCUUAAGUCAAAUCUCCCAUUACUUAGAAUGCUUAAGCCGAUGAGGUUGAUUUUGUCAUCUCUCUUAAUUCACAAGAUCAAGCUACUCAGCUUGGUGCUCUUUCUCACCACAGCUACGGAAGUAGCCUCCGCAUUUAGCAACAAAACUGAUCGACUAGCACUGCUUUCCUUCAAGGAACUUAUAGCCGAGGAUCCUCUUGGCUCGUUAAGUUCCUGGAACAAUUCUCUCGAACUUUGCGAAUGGGACGGAGUAACGUGCAGUCGCAAGCAUCAGAGAGUAGUGGUUUUGGACUUGAGGGGAAAAAGUCUGAGGGGAAUCCUGUCACCUUUCUUGGGAAACCUCUCUUUCCUCAGAUCCCUUUACCUCCAGGAAAAUAGAUUCCAAGGAAAAAUCCCCCUGGAGCUCGACCACUUGUUCAGGCUGCAACAUCUGAAUCUCAGUUUCAAUUCUCUCCAAGGGGAAAUUCCAACCAAUUUGUCGAACUACCUUACUACCAUUGAUUUCAAGUCUAACAACCUAGUUGGAAAAAUUCCAGCAUCAUUUGGUUCUCUCUCCAAGCUCACUUAUCUUAACCUUAAAAUCAACAACCUCAUCGGAGGGAUUCCACCAUCUCUUGGUAACCUCUCUCUCCUCCAAAUAGUAAAUUUGGGAUUUAAUAAUAUAACAGGAACUAUUCCACAUUCCAUCGGCCGGCUUCCCAACCUUAAACAAAUCGUCAUUGGACCAACUAAACUGUCAGGUACUGUCCCUCCCUCACUUUAUAAUAGCUCAACUCUCACGCAUCUAGUCAUUUCAUAUAACCAACUUACAGGUGUUUUACCCCAAAAUAUUGGCCUCACACUCCCAAACCUGCAAGUGAUAAGCGUAGGGAGAAACCAAUUCUGGGGACCCUUUCCAGUUUCUCUUUCUAAUGCAUCUAGACUGAGAAUACUUGAUCUAGCUCUAAGCAACCUUUCAGGGCCAGUUCCCUUUGACCUAGGGAGAAUAAUGAAGGAUCUAGGGUGGCUAAUUCUGGGUGGAAACUAUUUAGGCUCCGGGGAUGCUAGUGACUUGAGGUUCAUCGAUUCGUUAACUAACUGCAGCAAGCUACAAGCAUUGGUUUUCUAUGGUAAUGGUUUUGGUGGUGUUUUACCCACUACCAUAGCCAAUCUCUCGAGCCAGCUCAAUAAGUUAUCAGGUGGCGUAAAUCAGUUAGUUGGAACCAUCCCUGCAGAAAUUUCCAACCUUGUCAACUUAGCUGCACUUCUUUUGGACAAUAACCAUUUUAAAGGUGUCAUUCCUUUUGAAAUUGGGAAGCUUAGAAACCUCCAACAACUAGAUUUGCUUAGAAAUAAGCUAUCUGGUCCCAUCCCAUCAAGCAUUUGUAACCUCACUAAAAUGUAUCAACUGAGCCUAGAAGAGAACAACUUGAACAGUAGCCUGCCCUCAUGUAUUGAAAACAUUCCAGGCUUGCAGAUCUUGAAUCUUUCUUACAACAUCUUAGCUGGUCCCAUACCCGAAACUAUAGGCCUUUCCUCCUCUUUAACUUUCCUGAACUUGGCUCAUAACUCUUUUAUGGGUGCCCUGCCACUUGAAAUUGGGAAAUUGAACAAUCUCCAGGAACUUGAUGUUUCAGACAACAAGUUGUCCGGAGAUAUUCCUAGUACUCUUGGAAAUUGCUUGAGAUUGGAAAGCCUUUGUUUGGAGGGUAACAUGUUUCAGGGUAGUAUUCCUCACUCAUUUAGCUCCUUGAGAGGAAUUGAAAUUUUGGAUCUUUCGCGCAAUAACUUGUCUGGCCAAAUUGAGGAAUAUUUAGCAGCCCUCAUUUUUUUGAAGAAUCUGAACUUGUCCUUUAACAACUUGGCCGGUGAGGUGCCCUCCCAUGGUGUCUUCGGAAACUUGAGUGCAAUUUCACUUGUUGGAAACAAUGGGCUUUGUGGGGGCAGUGCAGAAAUGCAGUUGCCUGCUUGCCCGAAGUCCGUGAAGAAGGGGAAUCGCCUUGGCUUCAAAGUUAUUGUUGCAAUUGCUUGCAUGAUCCCAUGUCUUUCAUUUGUGCUACUUUUGGUUGUUUUCCUUGGAAAAAGAAAACAAAAAACCAAAUUUGUCACCCAACCAUUCAUUGGAGAUGAUUUCUUGAGGGUUUCAUACGAUCAGCUAAGUAAAGCUACAAAUGGGUUCUCUUCAACAAACUUAAUUGGUGCUGGAAGUUUUGGCACUGUGUUCAAAGGAUUUCUCCAUGAAGGUGAAAAGCCAGUUGCAGUCAAGGUGCUCAAUCUAGACCAAGGAGGAGCUUCGAAGAGCUUCAUCGCUGAAUGUGAAGCCCUAAGGAAAACAAGGCAUAGAAAUCUUCUAAGGAUCAUAACCACGUGCUCAAGUGUCGAUCAUGCAGGUCAAGAUUUUAAAGCAAUAGUUUUCGAGUACAUGCCCAAUGGAAGUUUGGAGAAUUGGUUGCAUCCUGGAGAGGAUGCACAAUUGCAAGCAGUAAACUUGGAACUUAACCAAAGGCUGGACAUAGCGAUCGAUAUUAUGUGUGCAUUAGACUACCUUCAUCACAGUUGUGAAAAACCAAUUGUUCAUUGUGAUCUGAAGCCCAACAACGUCCUAAUAGACGAAGACAUGACUGCCCAUGUGGGAGAUUUUGGGCUGGCUAGGUUCCUCACCGUGGACAGCAAUUAUAUUGGUGGAGAAGAGAGCAACUCACUUGCAAUCAAGGGUUCCAUAGGCUAUGUUGCUCCAGAAUAUGGAGUUGGAGGGAAGAUAUCUACACAAGGAGACGUUUACAGCUAUGGGAUUCUUUUAUUGGAAAUGCUAACAGGAAGGAGACCAACAGAUGAAAUGUUUACGGACGGACAAAGCCUUCAUGAAUUCUGUAAGUCAGCACUGCCUGAGCGAGUGAUGGGGAUUGUAGAUUCGCGCAUGCUAUUUGAAGAACCUAAUGAAGCAAAAAACGAUGUUGAUCAAAACGAGAAAAUCAGACAAGCCAAACUAAGGGAAUGCUUGAUGUCCCUUAUGAGGAUUGGGGUUGCAUGCUCUGCAGAAUCACCUGGUGAAAGAAUGAAUGUCAAGGAUGCCUUAGUAGGAUUAAUGACAAUAAAGGAAGUAUUUUUCGGAGUAGGUAUUCAUGGCAAGAGGCAAUUGAGGACGCGAAUUUCCUGUGAAGGAACAUCUCGGGCUCGCUACUAAGGACAUACACGGCAGGAAUUGAUGCUGCAGAGGCUGAUUGAAAUGUUUGAAGUUCAAUUAUUCACAUAGAAAGGCGAAAUCCUUUUAUUUCAGCCUGCUUUCUUACUGGUGUAAAUUCGACAUACAAUGAAAGUGGAAACGCUCUCUAGUAUAUAGUUUCGAGUUUUCAUGUAAUUCAUAAUUUUGCCUAUUUAAGCUUGUGUACAUAUAAUGUCCUGCGAAUAAUUGAAUGCCUCCACUUAUAUAGUGAUUUUAGAUACUCAUAUGA